AUGGCAUUGCUCUCCGACACGGACGACGUCGACGAUCGGACCUGUUUUUUUGAGGAGUACAACCGACUAGCCAGCAAGUAUGGCAUCCGCCCCUUGGUCCCAGAGGUCUUCGAUGACACACCAUCUGUGGCAGAAGUUGCGCCGCCCGGAAAGAAGAAGUGGUUUUCGCGAAAGCGCGACGCCUCAUCUAGCCGAACCACGAGUGGGAAAUCAGACAAGACGCUUGGCCACAAAGCAAGCAUCAGCGAUCUCCAUCUCGGCCUUGGAGCUCAAGGAAAGCGAGAGUCUCCCAAGGACAAGAGCCUCCAGACCCUCGUAACGCUAUGCGGCAAGAGUUUCUUUUACUUGCCUACGGAGUACACCCCUGGCUGUCUCAUUAUUCCAACCUGUCUGCGGGCCACGGGGCAGUAUCUCGCCCAGAAUGGCCCACAGGAAAAAGGCUUAUUCCGAGUUCCUGGCUCGGUGCGGGCGGUGAAUGCGCUGUACGACUACUAUUGCGCUGACAACGACGGGGGCGGUACCAUAUCCGGCACUGUCCGAACGCCCAACCUUCCCUCACAUCUCGAUUUUGGUGUGCACGAUGUGGCCUCAACAUUCAAAAAGCUACUUGGUGGCCUGCCAGGAGGCAUCCUCGGGUCGUUAUCUGUCUUUGACGCUCUCGUCGCGAUACGCGGUCAACUAGAUGGAGGCCUGGAGACAAAUCGGACACGGCAGACCAGGUUGCGUGCGCGCCUGAUCGCCCUCGCCAUUGCAACGCUCAGGUCCCACUACCAACGCGAGCUGGUCUGCGCCGUCUUUGGCCUGCUCUGUCUCGUUGGCCGAGCGGCGGAGACGGCACCCCGUGAGGACGACUGCGGCAGACCCCUCCCGACAUCGGAUCUGAUGGGCUACAACGCUCUUGGUAUUAUCUUCGGCCCGCUCCUCGUGGGGGGUCUGAUAGAUCGUUGGUCAACAGACACCACCGUCCCCAGUGCCGGUCCUAUGCAUCUUCACCCUGCCUUACCUCCUAGGAAGGACAGGGGCAAGCGGCGAGCCAUUUCUGAUGGAAAAAGGCCAGUGACUCCGGUCACGAUCGACAAGAUCCUGAUCGCGAAUUCCAUAGCUGAAAUGGUCAUUGCGAACUGGAGGGAUGUUGUGAGACAUCUGAAAAGUACCAACAGUACUAUACAUAACGACCCUGCCCUCGCCCUGCCGAGGGAAGCACCUGUGAGGGCUCUGCGGAGCUCGGCUUCUGAAUCAGCUCUCGGAACACUCAGCAGACGCACGCGGCUUGAGAAAAGUGACGAGAGUCAGGAAACCCCAUCGGAGAACCUGGCGAUCAAGAAACAAAGGGUGAACCCAACCCCACGGAUGGUCCCAUUCGUUCGAAGGACGUCACCUCGACUCGACUCAGCCACAGGGGGCAGGAGGAAGCAGAAUGGCGACACUGAUGCGACCGAAGCAACGCCUCGCGUCGGCCGACUUGUCACCGUUACGUCGACACCAUAUGUGGACGUUCCAGAUCACCAUGAGGCCACAGCUGUAGAGCCAAUACAGGGCAUCAACCCCCCUGGUUUGCUUUCUCAUGACCAGCCGCCCACCGCCCACGAGCGUGCCUCGUCAGGGGAUCGGGGCCUGCAGUCGGAAGCUUCCUCUAAGGCAGGCGAUUCUUCGACGAGUGUUGGGAUUCUGACCAAGGCACACCGGGCGUUGAAGGCUAAACUUACAAGCGCAGCGCAACGCGGAAGUCGCAGCAUAACACCCCAUUCGUCCGGGACUAUUGCUAAGAAGGAAUCCUCCUCGACCGAAGAAACGUCAGCCAAGGGGCCGGCACUCAAGGAACCAGACCUCAACAGAGAGGCACUCCUAGAGCAGUCGUCAUUGAAACCCUCACGACAGUUCACCACUACUGUGCGACGGGCACCGCGCACGAGCGAGGCGGUACCAUCAUUUCUCGACGCUCAUAUUGAUGGGCGCAGGGACAGCCGGCAGCACAGCUCAACGGUGGUUGUGGAGAGUGUCCCGGCGACCCAAGUCGACGAACAGGCGGCAAAGAGUAUGGCCCGUAAGAAUGCAACAAGGCAGCAGCAUCACCCGCGACAGAGUAAGGGUGCUGUGCGAACAAGCGCAGAGCUGAAUGAAGCGCGGCCUCUAGCCCAGCCGAUUGCCGAGUCGCAGGAAGAGCGUAUGAAUCUCGGCCGCGUUCCUCAUUUCCACAUCGAAGCUCGGGAUGUUGCCGCCUUGAGGGAGCGGGGAUCCCCGACAAGAUUCCAUGCGGACACCACGGUUCGAAUGGGGAGAAAACUGUACACAGGCUGCAACGCGGACGAGUACCAUCCGCGCAAGAAUCGGGAGAACAGACGGGAAGCGCAUGACGUGAAGUCAGAGGCGUUGACUUCAACCAUGCAAAAGACCCAGGGUCUUUGGAACGAUGGCGAGGCGGAUGAUUUGAGACCCCGGGAUCAGCUGCAAUUCCAAGCUAUCCGCCACAGUCACAAGGACACGGCCGAUGAGAAGCCAGCAACGGACUGCCAAGGGGAUGCGGCGGUGGCAGUCCAAAUCCAAGAACCGGCAACCCCACGGCAGAGCCAUUUGGCACUCAGCCCUGGCAGUGCGAUGCUGCGUACGCGCGCGUCCGUUAGUGGCGGAAACGUAAGAGCCAUGGCGGCUCUGUUUGAGAGCGUGUCGAAGGAAAGCCAGGGAGGCCCCUCGUCGCCGGUUCAGGGGGCCGGCGGCGGCGGAGCCGCGAUGACUGAGUACGUCGUCAAUGCGACGCCUCUUAGGACUUCGCGGUCGUCCAAGUCCUUGAGGUCCGGAGAGCUUUUCUUCCCAGCGGAGUCAUAUGGCGAGAGGGCGAUGGGCGGUGGCGCAGGAGGACAGGACGGGGCCGGCUCGGAGCAUGAUGCUCGCCAGUACACGCAGCCUGGUUCCCGGAGUAUCAGGGAAGCCAGCGCGGACCUGAUAGUGCCAGGAGCCUCAGAUGUGGAAGAGGUCUCCAUGAAGCGGGCCGGAAACAGCACCAACACAGUUGGGAAAGCAAGCAUGCCGGCCACAGAGGAUGUGCCGAUGGCGCAAUGCUUGCGUAAGUCUCGGUCUCGGUCAACUCUUGGAGGCGAGUCAAGCCCAUCGCGGAGCCGGAGUCCCGGAACGUGCCUUCUCCACGCCCAGAUCCGGUCGCUGAAGAUGCAGCUGGCAACAAAGGCGGACGAGUGCGAGAAACUCCGCGCCGAGCUUCUUGCCAGAAGCACUGCAGCGGGGACAGUAUGGCGCGAAUCCGACAGCGCCGCCGCCUCGCUGAGCUCGCAGCUCCGGUGGGCGAGACAGGAGGCGAAGGCGUGGCGAGAGAGAGCCGAGGCUGGCGAGCGGCGGCUCGCAGCGCACGACCGCUGGAUGCCUCAUCACGCGACCACCUCUGAUGCGCCCUUGUAUCAGCAGCGCAUCCCUAAGGAGCCAACCGCUGGCGGCGGUGAGCUCGGUGUGCUGGCCGAGAACGCUGCUCUAGCAGAGGCGGUUCUGUGCUCACUGCGACACCCACUAGAACAGCAACCACGGGUUCCCAUCACCAAUCCGGCAAAUCCACAGCCCCUAUCGCCUAGAACAGCCCUCAACGUUAACAGAGGCCGCCGGCAGCUCGAGAGGCGUAGGGCGACCACCCCGCUGCGCGGCGGCGGCCAGGGAGGGCCUGGGGAGUGGCACGUCAGCCCCUCUGCAGAGUUCCAGGGGAGUUGCAAGAAGGAGAAUGUCAGUGACAGCGACUCUGUCAAUAGCAGCAAGACGACUAUCUGCCAUGGCCAGAGUAGUCCCGAGGGCAGCCGCGGUGACGAAGCCCAGAGCAAUUACGCCCGCAAGGUCGGUCAGUGGCCAGCGAGAGGCUCGAGGGCUGUGAAAUGA